UUAUUUGAAAAAAGCCCUUCGGCGCCAUUUUCCGCAAUGAAAAAUGUAAAGCUAUUCCAAAUCGAAGUAACAAAAAAGGUCAGCAAACAUAUAAAAAAAAAAAAAAACUUGAGCAAACAAUGAUACCGCAAAACCUCCUUCAAUUAACCACCCAAAAAUGCACGACAGGCUGCCCAAUCCUUGAUCGCUUGCUCCGCGGUGGCAUCCCUUGCGACUCGAUAACCGAGAUCGUCGCCGAGAGCGGUUCUGGCAAGACCCAAAUCUGCCUCCAACUAUCACUCCAUGCCCAACUCCCUGUUUCCCAUGGUGGUCUCGCCGCUUCCUCUCUCUAUCUCCACACCGAAUUCCCAUUCCCCUUUCGCCGCCUUCACCAACUCUCUCUUUCGUUUCGCUCCUCAAAUGCCAACCGUUUGCCCACUAAUGACAACCCCUGUGAUCAUAUAUUUGUGCAAAGUGUGCACUCUGCUGAUCAACUGCUCGAAAUUAUGUCUAAAACAGAGUCCUUCAUUGAAAACACGAAAACCGAAUUGCCCGUUCGGCUUAUUGUGAUUGACUCAAUCGCUGCUUUGUUUAGGUCUGAGUUUGACAACACCCCAGUUGAGCUUAAGAGAAGAUCAUCUUUGUUCUUUAAGAUAUCUUCCAAGUUAAAGGCAUUAGCGAAGAGGUUUAGUUUAGCGGUUUUGGUGACGAAUCAGGUAGUCGAUUUGGUGGCACUUGAGGGAAUAAAUGGCUUGAGGAUUGGGAAUUUAGGAUGUUUAUACACGUCAGGUAGGAGGGUUUCUCCUGCAUUGGGGUUAGCUUGGGCUAAUUGUGUUAAUUCAAGGCUAUUCUUAUCGAGGAACGAAGAGGUUAUUCGUGAAGAGGAUCGAAACUUAAAUGGCGAAAGUAGUGAUUUUUUGUGUAAGCAAACAAGGAGAAAGCUUUAUGUUGUUUUUGCACCCCAUUUGGCUGAAUCAUCGUGCGAGUUUGUGAUAACCAGAGAAGGGCUUUUUGGAGUUGAAAGAUAGUUGCCUGAUUAAUUUUUGUACAAGAAGAGAUCAUCCGAAGGUAGCUAUGUGGAAUAUUUGAGUAUUUAUUUAUUUAUGUUUAGACUUUGGAAGAAAGGUUGAAGUCAGAGGUGGCUUUUAGCUCUGAGAGUUUUAAUGUUGCAUCAUUUAGGGCUGUCUAUUACAUUUUGACAUAAUCGUUUUUUGCAAUAGUGGCUUUGUACUUUUCAUUUGUGAAUAGGGAUGUAAAUUUGACUUGGUUAUAUGGUUUCUUUCAAAUAAGAUAGACAUUUUAGUUAUAUUUCUUUAUAAUCUAUAAUUAGACAUUUCAAUACAUUUUGAUCUGGGUU